GCGUUCCUGGAGAGCCAAGGAAUUGAACUGAACCCUGCAGAGAAAAUGGUUCUCGAUCCUUACACAGAACUGCGCCGGAUGCCUACGCUCAAGUACGAGGCACCAUCAGAUAUCGACCCACUCAAACAGUUUCUGACUUACGACAAGCAGGUCCUUCGCUUCUACGCCAUGUGGGAUGACACCAGCAGUGUCUUUGGUGAAAAUCGGCCUUACAUCAUCCAUUACUAUUUGGCAGAUGACACAGUGGAGGUUCGGGAAGUCCAUCAGCAAAAUGAUGGUAGAGACCCAUUCCCAGUACUGAUAAAACGUCAACGCUUGCCCAAAACCUUUGUGGACAAGAAAAAGACCUUCCCAAGCUGCGUGCUAGAGAUCUCUGAUCAGGAGGUACUUGAGUGGUACACAGCUAAAGAUUUUGCUGUGGGGAAAUCUACCACCCUCCUUGGACGUACCUUCUUCAUCUACGAUUGUGAUGAGUUCACACGAAACUUCUAUCGUGACAAAUUUGGCAUCACAGACUUCCAGCCAGUGGAAAUAAAGAAGAAACCAUGUGAGGAAGUUCCACAGGUAAUUCCCCCCUAUAAUGGUUUUGGCAUCCUUGAAGACUCUCUUCAGAACUGCUUUUCUCUGAUUCCAAAGCCUCCCCGGAAAGAUGUAAUUAAGAUGCUAGAGAAUGACCACAAGGUGCUGCGAUACCAGAUGGUCCUGGAAUCACCGAACCCCGAGGACAGAAAGCGUCGUUUCAUCCUCUCUUAUUUCCUCUCCGAUGACAUGAUCAGCAUCUACGAACCCUCAGUUCCUAACUCUGGCAUCAUUGGAGGCAAAUAUUUAGCAAAGACCAGAGUCCCCAAGCCAGGUUCUACUACAGAGAAUAUGACAUACUAUGAGCCCUCUGACUUCACCAUUGGUUCUACAAUUGAAGUGUUUGGCCACAGGUUUGUUAUCACUGAUGCUGAUAAAUAUGUGCUUAAUUAUAUGGAGAGCAACGCAGAGAGUUUCCCUGAGGCAACGCUGCAGUCCCUGAGGGAUCAUUUUCACCCACGACAGGUGGUGAAGGAAACUGCCAACAGUGACAUCACCAUGCUUGGGACCAACAGGCAGGGACUGGAUGAAUUAAUUGUGCAGGUUCAGGAAGAGCUGAAGCUCCAUAAGUUGAACAACAAGAAAAUUUGGGAGGCGUUUUUUCAGUGUGACAAGGAUCGCUCUGGCUUCUUGGACAAAGCAAAAUUUUUAGCCCUUUGUGACAGCUUGAGCGUGCCAACCAACAUCUUACUGGUUAACAAGCUGAUUGACCUCUGUUCUUGUGGAGAAAACAAGAUAAACUACCAUAACUUCCUUAAAGCCUUCCCUUGUGAUCUGCACCCAGGAGUUGAAGCACAAGACCAGCAAUAAAAUUCUUAGCUGAGUUGGCUUUAA